AAUGAUGGUGAUGGGACCCCCUGUAUAGUGCAGAGAGGAGAAUGAUGGUGAUGGGACCCCCGGUAUAGUGCAGAGCAGAGAAUGAUGGUGAUGGGACUCUAGGCUGGUUCUCUCCCCUCUCAUGGUGCCUGCAGUUUCCAAUAGGAUGACUAUAAACAAGCUUAUGAUUGGCACCGGGUGCUGCCAGGAUCCAAUGGGUGCUGCAGCGAUCAGGAGUCAGAGAUGAAGACUUCUCAAGAAGACCGAUCAGCCCAGGAUGUGGCUUCUUGGUGACGUCACUCACAGAUGUUUCUCCAGGCCACACCCCCACGUGGGACUGAGACACAUUGAGCGGCUCCUGGAGCAGCGGUAAUAGCCGGGAGAGCGGGCAGCAGCACAGCAUGUAGAUCGGGGCCGGACCGGAGAGGAUCUAUGGGGAUCUCAGAGGAUCUGUGAGCAGCUGUCAGUGUCAGGAGCCCCUCUGCCCUCACUCACAUGGAUCUCUAUGCACCCUGGGCGUGAUCUGUAUGGACCAAGUGUCAGCUAACAGAUCCCCAGAUCACCAGAGAAGUGAAGGAAUCCGCCAGAAGAUGUCCACGGUGGCCUAUGUGGAUCACUUCGCGGCCGAGUGCCUGGUGUCCAUGUCCAGCCGGGCCAUCGUGCACAGCGCCCCGCCGCCCCCUGCCCCCACAGAGGACAAGGCUGGCAGGGAGAACGCCUCUCUGUUCGUGGUGGCCCGGAUCCUGGCAGACUUCAACCAGCAAGUCCCCGAUCACCCCGGGGAGGAGGAGGAGGGGGCGGCCGGGGGGGACCCGGAGGAGAGUGCGGCCGCUGCCGGUAAACGUGCUGGAGACCGGCCUGCCACUCCUCCCCUCCUGCCGGAGCCGGGCGUCAGACAAAGGGCCAAACGGGGGAAGAGCAGAGGUGACCCCGGGUCACCCCUCAAGAAGCACAAGUGUCCCUACCCGGGCUGCGAGAAAGUCUACGGCAAGUCAUCCCACCUGAAGGCGCAUCUGAGGACGCACACAGGUGAGAAACCUUUUGAGUGCAGCUGGGAAGAGUGCAACAAGAAAUUUGCCAGGUCAGAUGAACUCGCCAGACACUACCGCACUCAUACUGGAGAGAAGAAGUUCUGCUGUCCUAUCUGUGAAAAGCGUUUUAUGCGUAGUGACCACCUGACUAAGCAUGCCCGCCGCCAUGCCAACUUCCAGCCCAGCAUGCUUAAAGGGCGAGGUGGUAUCAGCUCCAGGAAUGGCUCUGUCAGCGACUGUAGCCGUUCCGAUGCAUCUAGCCCUGCUAUAAGCCCAGCAAGCUCCCCUUAAAACUACUUGCACUGGACUUUAGCACUUUGCUUCUGCUAAUGUGGAACACUUUGGAAAAUUAACUGUUUUCUUACUUACAUUUAACUUUUUUUGUAUUAUUUCUUUCUUUAUUUCUUUAUAAGUGGUUUGAAGAUGGUUUAAUUGAUAUGACUAGAACAAAUACCAGUUACCAAUCUAUGGAUAAACUUCCAGAUUUCCUUUAUCUUACCUUUCCAAACAUUCUUGGCUGCCUUUCUAUUGGAUUUCCAAAAUUCUCUUAACAAAUCAGUUUUGGAUCUCCAGAAUUAUACAGGUUCCUCUGUCCUGGAUCUUCAGAAUUCAGUACUUCCUCAGUCGUCUACCUCCAGAUUUCCAUAAAUUUUCUGUUUUAUAUAUACAAAUACUAUACUAUAUACAUAUCUCUACAAAUCUAAAAUCCCAUACUUUUUGUGUGUCCACCUCUAUGAGUCUCUGUACCAGUUCGGAGCUCCAUUUUUUUUCGUGGAAUAUCUCCAAAGCCCAUUACGACCCACCUUCUUAUCUGCUAUAUCUCCUGUUUGUCUGAAAUUCAUCAAAAUCUGAAUAUAUUCUUCCAGAAGGACAAUGUAUGGUAUAUCAAAUGAUAUUCUUCACCUCAGGACUCCAGAAACUUGCACAAUAGCAUUGGUCCACAACUUGCAGUUCAAUGUUGACGCUCACUUCUUCUUCAAUAUCGCCCUCUCUCAGGGAUUGUCCAUUGGUUUUAAGAGUACAAUGAAGUCACACCUUUACUGCAGCCUUAUACUGUGUAAGGUCCUACCUUUUUUUGUUUUGUUUUUUGCAAAAAAAUUUUUUUUUCAAAUAUGUACACAAAUAGGAAGUGUCAGUCCUAGGAUACAGUGCCCAUUUAGUGUUGUGGUAAUUCUGGUUUAGUCAUGUUUCACCAUUAUAUAAUUCAGUUGUAUAUGUUAUUCCUAGUCAUGUCCACAUGUACAUAUAUGCACUGUGUGGAUAAUAUAUAUUUUUUGUUUAUCAGUCUGAUUUUUUUAUGUUUUCCAAAAAAAAAUGUAUUUAACUGUACAAGGGCUGUAAUGUAAACUCAAAUACGAGCAUUAUAUUUUACAGUUUAGUAUAGAUUCAGUGCACUUUUUUCUUAUCCAGUCAUAAAAAAAUAGCACCUCUUACCAAGUCACUUGUGAUAGAUGCCUGAGAAAGCAGCACUGCCAGGGCGAAUUCUACAGUGGAUGCCAGCUGUUAACUGUUUUACUGACAGAGCUUAUUAUAGGUCAUAUUUAUUUCCCUACUGAUAGCAAUGAAGAUGGAUCUGUCUAUGAUCCAUCCUUUAAACUUUUUUUUUUUUUUUACUCUUUCCCCUUUAUAUGUACAUUUCAAGGCUAUGGACACCUUUGCACUGACUUUCUUUCUCUUCUUAAUAUGUUUGCUGAAUGCAAAAUUAAGUAACUAAAUAGUCUUCAUUACAAAUUUCAUACCAUUUAGCUGCUACUCUGUUAAAUAUUAGGUAUAUCUGAGUCUAAAGGACUUUCUGCAGACUUUUUAGAGAUAACAGUGGGAGAAAGGAGCUCAGCUGGUAGAUGGGACGAGAGAAACCUUGGAGGACAGCUCACACAGACUAGAAAAAGAGACGAUAUACAAGGCAUUCUGCAGGAGAGAAUCACAUAGGCUCUGUACAAGUAUAGAGAAAAUAGAACUCAAUACAGCACAUUGAGACUAUACAAGCAAAAGUAAGCAACAUUUUUAAUAAAGACAAUUGGAAAAAAUGUUAAUGAACCAUAUUUAGUACAAAGCACGAACAUGCUCUUCAAAGGUGCCCAUAGCCUUUCAGUAACAUAAACAAAGUUGUCAAGCUCUCUGCAUGUUGUCAGUGAAUGUAAACAUUACUGCUUACAUGGAUAGGAUGAAAACUUAUUAGUGUAGGUAAUAGGUGUACAUACACCUUAAACUAAAGUUGGCCAAACCUGCCAACCUUGGCAAGUUUGGCAUAUUGUUCUUGGAAAGAGAGGCCACCGACAGAGCUAUCUGACUGCGGCUUACCCACCCCCUCCCCAUCCAUGUAGUUAAUGCAUGUAUGUUUGGCCAUACCUAACGUUCAUGUGUUGACUACAUUCGGCUGACGGUGUUUUGUCAUCUUUAGUCUAAGUGCUUAACUUGAAAGACAUCCAUGCCUCUGUGGUGUGCAUAGCUUAUUUAGGAUUGUCUAGACCGCUGUCUACUACUGUCUAGAUACAAGGGCAGGGGAAGUUUUUCUUUUUUUUUUCUUUUCUUUUCAGUCUCUCUGUAAAAACAAUGAUUCCAUUCACUGACUGAAGCAAAAAUCUUGACAAUGUUGUGGAAUAGAAAAACAAAGAAUAUUAGAAAAAUUCAGAACUUUUAAAAUGUACAAUUUUUUUAUUUAUUUACAUAAGACUGGACCACUGCUUUAAGUAAAUGUCUUACAAAAAAUUGCUUUGGCAACACUGAAUAGUAGAAUAGUCAAUUUUCAUAGUUAACUAAAGGAUUAAUAGAAUUGUGGCAUAACAUUUUUAUCUUACAGUAACCAAGCAUGUUCAUGCACGGAACAUGGCAACAAGGUGGCUGCCUAUUUUUUAUGACUACCACCUGAUACUUUUUGAUUUGCUGUUCUAGUUCAGAUGACCUUGUGUACAUGCCACUCAUUUGGAAAAUUACACAGUACAUGACUGGUAUGGGAUAGUGCCACUUACUCAAUGGUUUGAUCACAAGUCUAAGAAGGUGGUACUUAUAUGGUGCAUCGGUUUAUUGAUGCCGGCAGUGCUCCCUCAGACAAGGCCUGCAUCAUUAUUUUGACAUAACUCUGAUUAGGCCCAGGCUACAUGUUGUCAUGGUGGCAGCUGGAUUAAUGCUACUGAUAAUUGGGGCAACCCGGCUGUAGAUAUGAGUUGUGUUGACUAAAAGUUGCUGUCAAUCGCAUUUGUGCGGUUCAAUGUAAAUUAAUUAAGACUCCCCAACCUACUGUAACUACUCCUGUCAAGAACCCGCCCUGAGUUGUAGUUGCAAUGUAGCCUGGGUCAUAAUGAAGAUUAGCACUGGUCUGAUUACAUCUGUAUUAAAGGGGUACUCCGGUGGAAAUCUUUCUUCUUUUUUAUCAACUGGUGCCAGAAAGUUAAACAGAUUUGUAAAGGACUUCUGUUAAAAAAAUCUUAAUCCUUCCAGUACUUAUUACCGUCGGUAUACUACAGAGAAAAUUAUUUUCUCUUUGGAUUUCUUUUCUGUCUGACCACAGUGCUUUCUGCUGACACCUCUGUCUAUUUUAGGAACUAUCUAGAUCAGUAUAUGUUUGCUAUGGGGAUUUUUACCUGCUCUGGACAGUUCCUGAAAUGGACAGAGGUGUCAGCAGAGAGCAGAAAGAAAAGAAAUUCAAAAAGAAAAUUUCCUUUGUCGUAUAUACAGAUGCUAAUAAGUACUGGAAGGAUUGAUUUUUUUAAUAUAACUAAUUUACAAAUCUGUUUAACUUUCUGGCACCUGUUGAUGUAAAAAAUUUUUUUUUUUUCCACUAGAGUAAAAAAAAAUUUCCACCAGGGUACCCCUUUAAAUAGUUUUUAUGCAUUUAACUCAGCUUCACUACUAAUAGGUAUUGCACUUUGGGCUUUUGAGUGUGUCUGUGUAUUUCUAUAUAAAUCUCUAUAAAUCUAUACAUAUCUAUCUAUACAACAGUAAACCGCAAUAUGGUUUUGUAGCAGGAUCUAUGAAGCCACACUUUUAACUUUCUGGUUUUCACGUACUCGUUGCAUUUUACCACUCUGUAGUUUCACAGAUCAUGAACUUACUUUACGUUUGUUUUAUAGUGUGGUAGAAAAGUUAAAAAAAAAAAAAUCUAUAGUUUAUGUGAAAUGCUUAAAGCCUUAAUGUCUUCUUGUUAGAAAUCUGUUUGUAAAUUGUGUAUCGGGUGCAGGAAACACUUACUAUCAAACACAGCAUUGUAGUGUAUGCACGAUGUUCAUUUCAAGGUACUUGUACAAUACGGCUAAAUCAUCACUAAGACUAUACAGAUAGUCGCACAGUAGAGAUGAGCGUAGUUACAGUGAUUUGAUUUGUCACGAACUUCUUGGCUCGGCAGUUGCUGACUUUAGCCUGCAUAAAUUAGUUCAGCUUUCAGGUGCUCCAGUGGGCUGGAGACUCUCUCCUAGGACUGUAUCCACCUUUUCCAGCCCACCGCA